AUGACGAACUCUCAAGCAUUUGAGAAGAAGAUGCGAGAUCUACUUGAUGAGAUCCAAACGGCUUAUGACAUGGGAUACAUAGAACUCCAAACUACCAUCAAGGAUCUACAAAAAAAUAACCUUGUUAAGUUGCAAGUACUCUCAAAUAUGGUGGUUGAGUCAAUAAAGCUAAUGAAUGAUCCUAAGGAAAUUCACAAAGAAAUCCUACAAAUUUCCAAAGACAUUCUCGAGCAUCUCAUAAAUCCUUUCAUCUUGACUAAACACGAUGUAAAUAUGAAGACUCAAAUUAGCUUUGCAAGAGUGUUUGAACUCCUAAAGGAGUUAAAAAAAUAG